AUGGCGGGGGUGAGUGGAACCUCGGCAUGGCUGGAAAAUGAGAGCUUGAUGGACCUAUGCCUGCUCGCCUUCCGGACAAAUGUGAGCACCGUCGGCUGCGAAACGAAAACGGACGUGAUUCAGGCCUUAGCUGCUGGAAACGUGCUCGGGCAUUCUGCAACCGAGGACGUUGGCAAAGCUGUGCCGCCUUCGGGAAUGGAUAUCGCGCCGAAAACAGCACCCCCAGCGGCGCAGGAAGCAAACACGGUAAGGAAACGUAAGCGGGAGACAGAGGAAGGCGCUGCACCGACGCAUGGAGCUGGUUGCUUCCCCGACCCAAGCUCAGCAAUGACCAACAGGAACAUCCUCCUCUGCCUAGCCCAGUUCGUGCCGGACAACCAGUUCUUGUUCUUCGCGCCGGUGGCCAAGGGUUGGAGGGCUGCGUGGCAAAGACCGACGAUCACGGCGCAUGUCACUCCCGACACAACGACGUCCCAGCUGCAGCACAGCUUCGAAUGCGGCCUGCCGCAGAACCAAACCGGGUUGUGCGCGGCGUUGGCACGCCUAGGCAAGCUCAACCUUCUGGCGUGUGCGGUUGGAGCAGGGUGCCCGAUGAACGCGAGGGUGUGCGCCUCCGCCGCCCUCGGGGGCCACCUGAAGGUGCUACAGUGGGCGCGGAGGGUGGGGUGCUCUUGGGACGCGUCGACGACCGCUGCCGCUGCCAGGGGCGGUCAUCUCAAGACCCUUCAGUGGUGCCUUCGCCAAGGUUGUCCGUCCGACGCCACCCUCUGUGAAGCGGCGGCGGCGGGUGGCCAUCUAAGCAUACUGCGAGGCGCAAGGAAGCGGAACCUCCCCUGGAGCUGCUCGAAAACAUGUGCAGGAGCUGCGAGGGGUGGGCAUCUUGACGUGCUCAAGUGGGCCUUACGGAACGGUUGCGUCGGAGACAAGCAGAUCUGCAAGGAGGCCUCGGAGCACGGUCACUUGCACGUCCUUCAGUGGGCCAGGAAAAACGGGUGCUGCUGGUACAAGACCAAGUGCCUGACGCUCGCAGAGCAGGCCGGACAUCAGGAUGUGGUUGCCUGGAUUCGGGAAGAGCAAGAGCCUUAG